UCUCUUUGUGUGUGUGUGUUCACCUUGUCUGGGUGUGUCCCUGUUAAAGCAGCAGGUAUCGCCACAUUUUCGUCUCCGUCUCUGCUGGAAAGACUUGAACCGUUCGGGAUGGAUCUGUUCGCCUUUAAGACGCUUCUGUUUCUGCUCUCUUUUAUCGGACGCGAUGUGGGUGCGAACAUCCUGCCGGAGGGUGAUGUGGAAGUAAUUGUCGGUAAAAAUGUGACUCUAAAGACUCUGCUCGUCAACCCGGUGUACUCCUUUAUAAUCUGGGGUUUCAGCGACGGAGGCGACGACCCGGUUAAUGUCGCAAGCUUGCCGGCGUCGGGAGUGCUGAAAGUGAACGAUCCUUACAUCGGAAGAGUGGCAGUGAACGGAACCAACGGCUUCCUGACCCUGACAGGCCUGAAACCUGAAGACAGCGGCGACUACAGCAUCAAUUUAAUCAAAGCUGACGGCAGCACGACAACCGGCGCGACAAAUCUCAAAGUUCUGGAGCCGGUGUCUGAUGUGGUCAUCAAGUCCGACUUGCCCGAGGCGAUCGAGCAAGUCAGUGCCGUGGUUCUGACCUGCUCGGCUAAAGGCUCCUUCCUCAAGUUCUCCUGGUUGAAGGGCACCGUGCCCUUCAAGGCCGACGGCGUACGGAUCACAGAGACAAAGGCGGAAAAUUCGAAUAGUCUGACCAUCAGAGACGUUCUCCGGACUGACCUGGUCGGUCCCAUCUUUUGCACUGCGGCUAACAACCUGGAGUCGGAGAAGAGCGCUCCCUUCAACCUCACGGUCUUCUACGGACCAGAAGACGUCACCAUCACUUCUAAGAACACUCCCAAGUUUGUCAGAGCCAAAUCCAUCUUCAACCUGACAUGUUCAGCAGUCUCCAGCCCGCCCGCUGACUUCGUCUGGUACCGCAACGAGGUCAUGAUGGAGGCCCGGGGUGCCAUGCUGGAUCUGGCAGUGAUCGAAAAGCUUGGGUAUGGGACAACAGAGGGAAGUUACACAUGCAACGCCACAAACCCCAAGACCAAACGCUCCGAAGUUUCACCUGCCGUCACCUUCGCUGUGAUGGAGGCCAUCUCAGGUGCUAAAGUCAGCGGUCCGACAGCCACCCUCAUCGCCGGCAACAGCACGGCCAACCUCAGCUGCCAGGCAACGGCCGGCACCGUGAAGACCGUGACGUGGCUGAAAGACGGCAAACUUCUGGUCGCCUCCGGCCGCGUGGUGUUCGCCGCCGACAAGAGCUCCGUGAUGAUCAACCCGCUGCAGAAAGAGGACAAUGGAGAGUUUGUGUGCCAGCUCAGCAACCCCGUCAACACCGACAAAGCCUCCUUCAAGAUGAUGGUCAACUACGGUCCUGAGCCAGCGAUGGUGUCGGGUGAAAAAGCCGUGGAGGUGCACGAGGUUGUGAAGCUCACCUGCUCCGCUGCCUCCGUCCCACCGGCCAACUUCACCUGGAAGUUCAACGGCUCAAUGACCGACGUCAAAACGGCCCACUACGACAUCGAAGAGGCUCGUUACAAAAACACCGGGACGUACACCUGCAUGGCGUACAACGACGUCACUGGCAAGAACACCACGUACACCCACACCCUGUCCGUCAAAGAGGAAGGAGCGUUGGAUGAGGGUCUCUCAGACGGAGCCAUCGCUGGAAUCGUCAUCGCCCUCCUCGUCGCUCUUGGUGCCGCCAUCGGCCUAAUCGUGUACUGCAGACAGAAAGUACCGGUCGAGUCACCGUACUAAAGAAGUUCCUGCACACUGCUGGAGAUGCCGGCCCAAACAUCCAACCAUUUUGUUUCCCAUGGUCCAUCUGUGCAGCCGGGAGGAGCGUCCUUUUGGAUCCAGCUGGUUUCCGGUUAAGCCCUCGCCAAACCAGAUUUCCCAUCAUCCCUCUCUUUCUCUGGCCUGAUGAGAACAAUGGAAACGUGAUUGAACCCAAACGACGGAUUCUAUCACAGUUUGGAUUAUUAGCUGGAAUCUUCACCGCUUGUUCUGGUCUACGGUUUUUACUUUUUAUUUUUAUUUUUUUUAGCUUUUUUCACCUUCACCUUCACUGUAAACUCGUCCACCAUCUCCGGAUCGUCACCCCCUUCUCUUCUUCUCUUCCACAUGGUGUUAACAAACGUCAUCCUUCACCUUUUGUCUCGCUCGCCUCUUCCUUCAGGAAACUUAAAACACAGAGAAACUCUGUGCGACAGAGACGUUUCCUGGACUAAAGCUGAUGGACUGACGGUCACGAUGAGUGACUCUCUUUAUCCUCCUGGAAACCUGAGGAGGAAACACACAGCGGCCACACACAGAGGCAGUCUGGCUUUAAAUAAUAUCUGAAAAAAGGUUUUGUGGUUUGAUUUAUCUCACUCUCGGUGCCAGGUGGGCGGAGUUUCCUGAUGGGGGACGCCUCGAGUGCAGCGAAGGAUUUCAAAGUAAAGUUUUAGAUGCUUCGCUGUACUUGACAGCGUUACUGGAGGACAGUUUGAUCCUAAAUACCUCAAUUUCUCUGGUGCUCACCAGAAGUCUUUCUAACAACCUUUGUUACGAACAUGUUGCCAGUUUUUUACUGAGGUUACUACAAAACUUCCCUCUCUGCCCAGCUGCUUUCCUCCAUGUUUCUGUUGUCGUUUCACAUCCAACACAAAUGAUCAACACUACUGAGCUUUAAGCUGGAAACAACUGGAGCACUACGUUUAACUGUUGAUGUUUUAUAGGUACACAUAUUUGUUUUUACAGACUACCUGCCAGCCAAUCAGAAAAAGUACAAUAUAUAUUUUUAAUUAUAAUAUUUAACCGUGUCUUGAUGUUCCUGAAGGAGUUUCAAACGUGUUUUAGAACCUGCUAACACAAAAUAUAUCCAAUUAUCAAGAUCUCUAUUCUUUAAAAACUCUAAUUUAAAGGUUCCUUAUCACAAAAUGUUUAUGCAGCCUGUUCUCAUACACCGUUCGCAGCUAUACCUACGAAAAGUAAUGCACUGUAAUUUGUGUAUAUC